GCAACCUCCCUCCAAAGCUGCAGGUCUGUCCGAUCAAAGGCAUCGAGGGUUUGAAGGGAUUAAUCAACGCUACCUUCCCAAAAAGCGUUUUUAACCCCGGCAGACCAAUUAUAUAACCGCAUUAUACAAUAAAUGGAUCGCCAUUAAAGCAAAUGCAGUGACACGGACAGUUUCUGCACAAGCCGAGUGGGAAAAAUUGACUUCCUGCACGAUGCGCGUCGUCCUUCUGAGCAGAUCUCCAUCUGCCUCUGCAGGCUGAGCUGGCUCUCGUCUUCUUUCUCCUCCUCUUUCUCUUCCUCCUCCUCCUCUUCCUUUUAGCUUCAGCAGAGCCCAGGGAAAAGAGUGGGUUGACACUGUCUGCUUUAAGACUCGCCCCAUUGUUGCGUAGUUUGCAAGGGAGAGAAAAAAACAACAGUCUACUCUCCCUACGUGCUUCGAUCUAGUCUGAUUGGAGCAAUCCAGACGGGUGUUUUUCCUCUGAAUUCUACUGCAGUUCUGUUGGGAACUAUGGUUCUGCAGAGAAUGAUCCGUGCUGUCAUCAUGGGACCUCCGGGAUCGGGGAAGGGAACGAUGUCUGCGCGCAUUAUCAAAAGUUUUGGACUGCAACACAUGUCUAGUGGGGACAUUUUAAGAGCCAACAUCCAGGAUAAAACGGAGCUCGGCCUGUUGAUGAAGUCCUGCAUCGAUCAGGGACAGCUGGUACCUGACGACAUCAUUUCCCGUCUCAUCCUGAAUGACCUGAGGAAGAUAGACAGCAGCGGCUGGCUGCUUGACGGAUUUCCUCGGACUGUGUCCCAGGCAGAGGCUCUCGAUCAUGCCUUCGCUUUAGAUACGGUCAUCAACCUGAAUGUCCCUUUCCAGACCAUCAAAGAAAGGCUGACCUCUCGUUGGACUCACAUCCCCAGCGGCAGAGUCUAUAAUACAGAUUUCAACCCACCAAAAGUUCCUGGUUUGGAUGAUGUGACAGGAGAGCCUCUGGUUCAGAGAGAUGACGACAGACCAGAGACGGUCACACGGAGACUGAAGUCCUAUGAAACCCAGACAGAACCCGUCCUGGAGUUCUACAGGAGUAAAGGUGUGCUGGAGACCUUUACGGGAACAGAAACCAAUAAGAUAUGGCCGCACGUUGAAGCUUUUCUCCACAGAAAAUUCUCCACCCUCAGUCAAAGAGCUGCUUAGCCUCAGCAAAAUCCAAGAACGGCUGAAGUUCACUGAUGGAAAACCACACUGUGCACCGUCCAAUCAAAAAUGCAUCAUGUAAAUAGUAGUCGAGCAUAGAGGAAUUAUGUUUCAUUGAAAGUAAAGCCCUUAAAUUUGCAAAUGAAGAUCUAGCUUUUUUACUAAAAACAGAAUAAGACUACUACCUAUGUUAGAAAAAAGUCUUUUUUUUUAAAUGUUCUUAAAGCCUCUGUGUUGUUGAAAUAAUUUGGGGAGAACUCAGAUGAGUGUGUGCCUCAAAUCUUUUUAACCAUUUGCUGUUAGUGUGUCCACUCUGUGCCUUUAUGAAGUCAGAAGUUAACAUCUGACUCAAACUUGAAGUUUUGGAGGAGCACAACAUGAAGGGGUUACAUUCCACAAGAUGCUGCAGGAGGAACUGCUUUGGCAUGAACAAAACCAGGUUUAAUUCUUCUAAAUGUAAUCCCAACACACACAACCUGUUGGCAUGAACUAAACAUCAUCAGCAGCUUUUU